AUAAACCCAAAGAAAAGAAGAAAAUCUAAAGAAGCCGAAGAUGUCGGGUAUGGGAGACGGGUACGUGGGCACGGCCCAAGAUGCGGUGAGGAUCCGACGAUUGCAGAAGCAGAGAGAGGCCGAGCGCCGCAAAAUCCAAGAGCUUAAAACCAAGUCCGCCUCCGGUAAGGACCAAUCCGGUCUCCUCCAAUUCGGCUCAAGUACUUCCGAGAUUCUCGACACUGCUUUUAAAAAAGAAACGGUUGGUUUGGUCACGAGAGAGCAAUAUGUCGAGAAGAGAGUUAACAUCCGAAACAAGAUCGAAGAGGAAGAGAAGGAGAAACUCCAGAAGCUUAAACAAGAAGAGGAAGAGCUUCAGCUGCAAAAGCGUAAAAAGAGGAAGGUUAAAGGGAAUUCUAGACUAUCUUUUGCUGACGAUUUGGAGAAUGGAAGUGAAGAGGAAGAUGCUGAAAACAAAAGUCCAGAACAAAAGAGUUUUAGUCUUGGGAAAUUUGGCAAAGAUCCCACAGUGGAAACAAGCUUUCUGCCUGACAGUGAACGGGAAGCAGAGGAACGAGCUGAGCGUGAAAUUCUGCGAAAACAGUGGAUUGUUGAACAGGAGCUAAUUAAGAAUGAACCCCUUGAAGUAACUUACAGCUAUUGGGAUGGAGCUGGGCAUAGACGAGUGAUCAAGGCACGUAAGGGUGAUACCAUAGGAGAAUUCCUUCGAGCAGUACAGCAGCAGCUUGCACCAGAGUUCAGAGAGAUUCGGACAACUACAGUGGAAAACCUGCUUUAUGUAAAAGAAGAUCUUAUCGUUCCUCAUCAACAUAGCUUCUAUGAGCUGAUUGUUAAUAAGGCGAGGGGCAAAAGUGGACCGCUUUUUCAUUUUGACGUGCAUGAAGAUGUGAGAACAAUAGCCGAUGCUACAAUUGAGAAAGAUGAGUCGCACGCUGGUAAAGUAGUUGAGAGGCAUUGGUAUGAAAGGAACAAGCACAUCUUCCCUGCAUCAAGAUGGGAGAUAUAUGACCCAACUAAGAAAUGGGAGCGCUACACCAUCCACGGUGACUGAUGAUUGGUCUUAUGCUUGUAACCGGGCGUUUGAGUGCAUGGGAGGACCUCAUUGUACUUAUAUUUUGAUGGACUUUGUUUUGUUAACGUGGUACCUACUGCCUUACUUGUGCUUUAAUCUUCAUCUUGUAUCUCA